CGUCACCACGACGCCAUUUUGAUUCGAAAUUUAUGACUUGAGUUUUUCCUGCCUUGCUUGCUAAACUUAGCCGCGCGUUGAGUAUCUUUGUGCGUGAGUCCAAAUCAUACAUGUACAUAUAAAAUAAUACGUGUUGCUAACAAUGCCAAGAAGUAAUUAAUGCGGGCGGGUCGGGGACUGAACUGUUUCUACAUUCAGAAGUGCUCAACGUUAGCCAAGUUGAGCUAGUUGAUGUUAGCCUUGUGCAGUCUGAACCAUUUUCAAAACAAACCACUCAGGCUAACGGAUGCUAGACCAGCGCAGCUAGCUAGCAGUUAGCUUGUGACCUAGAGCUGCCUGUUUCUCGAUAAAUCAACUAAAGUUUAACAGAGAAGAAAGGAGCAGAGCGGGAGCUUCAGUCAAAGGUUAUGGUGAGCCUCGCUGUGCAUCAUCUCCCAAAGAGACCUGUGUUUUAAGAAAAGACCCAUGCUGAUAAAUGCAACGCCUUGUCACAGUCUCUGUUGUCUGCACAAACACCAAUGCCUGCCUGCCUGUGGGGGAGGUCUGAUUAAAGAUAUCCACAUUUCGUCCACUGGGCUGAGCCCCCCAUCCCAGCGGUCAUCAUGUUUUGGAAGUUUGACCUGCACACCACCUCCCACAUCGACCAGUUGCUGGAUAAGGAAGACGUGACGUUGAGAGAGCUGAUGGAGGAAGACGACAUCUUACAGGAGUGCAAGGCCCAAAACAGACGGCUGCUCCUCUUUCUCUCCCAGGACCACUGCAUGCAGGAGCUCGUCAGCCUCAUCACCACAGAGCCCCCUACUGACCUCGAGGAGAAGAGCCGCUUCAAGUUUCCUAAUAUAGCUUGUGAGCUACUGACCUCAGAUGUGUCGGUUAUAAAUGAUAAGCUCGGUGGGGAUGAAUCCCUCCUUGAGACACUCUACAAAUUCCUGGAUCAGGACUCGCCCCUCAAUCCUUUACUCGCCAGCUUCUUCAGUAAAACCAUCGGCAAUCUCAUUGCCAGGAAAACAGAACAGGUGAUCACAUUUUUAAAGAAAAAAGAAGGCUUUAUUGGUUUGGUGCUUAAAAACAUAGAUGCCUCUGCCAUGAUGGACCUGCUUCUUCGCCUGAUCAGUUGUGUGGAGCCUGCACCUUUAAGGCAGGAGGUGCUUCAUUGGCUGAAUGAAGAAAAGCUGGUACAGAGACUCAUAGAACUUAUCCAUACUGGCAAGGAUGAAGAGAGACAAUCAAAUGCGUCCCAAACCCUCUGUGACAUCAUCCGCCUCAGUCGAGAUCAGGCCAAUCAGAUGCAGGAUAACAUGGAGUCUGACCCGCUAUUGACCGUGCUGGAGUCGCAGGAAACUGUAACGGGGCUUCUCAAAAAUAUGUUUGAGGGCGAGAGGAGUGAGGCCUCCAUUGUUAAUGGAACUCAAGUGCUACUUACCUUAUUGGAGACCAGGAGGUCUGGGUUGGAAGGGUUAAUGGAUCUGUAUUCUCAGGGUUACGAAAGGUCUUACACUGUCAGCAGCAGUAUAUUAAAUGCCAUUGAGCCCCACUUAAAGGACUUCCAGCAGCUUCUUCUUGACCCCCCUAAGAAAAGUGCAAUAUUGAUGACUGUUGGCAUCCUGGAGCAGCCGCUGGGGAAUGCCCGCCUCCAUGUUGCACGGCUUGUGGCUGCCCUGCUGCAGACCAACUCACCCAGCAUCUGUCAGGAGCUCUGCAAUCUGGCCACCAUGGAUCUACUGCUGGAUCUGUUCUUCAAAUAUUCCUGGAAUAACUUUUUGCACCUUCAAGUGGAGCUGUGCGUGGCGGCCAUUCUGAACCAGCCUUCGUCAGACGAGCGGCCGAGCUUGAACCUCCAGAACCACGGCGGCCCUCCACCAGCCUCCAGCGCUGAAGGGGAGGCGGAGCAGAAGGACACACAGAGCGAGUCCCAAACGUCGGCGCAGAACGCCCUGGUGGCUCAUCUUUUCCAGAAGUGUCGGCUUGUUCAGAGGAUCCUGGACGCUUGGGAGGAGAACGAUAAAAUCCAGGCGGAGGGCGGCGCCAGGAGAGGAAACAUGGGGCAUCUUACUAGAAUUGCUAACAUGGUGGUCCAGAACCUGGAGAAGGGACCGGUGCAGGCCCAGAUGGCCGACCUGAUCAAAGAGCUGCCUGAAGACUGCAGAGGUCGCUGGGAGAGCUUUGUGGAUGAAACCCUGAGAGAAACCAACAGGAGGAACACGGUGGAGCUGGUCAGCACCCACAACAUCCACUCGUCCAGUGAAGACGACGACUUCCCCAACGAUCUGUCUCUGCAGCAGACCUUCUCAGAGUAUCAGAUCCAACAGAUGACUGCCAACUUUGUGGAACAGUUUGGUUUCCAUGACGAGGAGUUCAGUGAACACGACGAAAACAUCAACGCCGCCUUUGACAGAAUUACAGAAAUCAAUUUCUCUCUAGAUGCUGAUGAUAAUAGUGCCAAUGCCGCUGCUUUUGAAGAAUGCUGUAAAGAAAGAAUCCGUCAGUUUGAUGAUGCUGAAGAGGAGGAAGAGGACAUCUGGGAGGAGAAGGAGAUCAACUAUGCAACACAAGCUAAAUCCAGAACAAGGUUCGGGGCGUCUCAGGCCUCAGCAGAAGAGUCCAGGGGCCGAGUGGAGAACGGCGGUCAGGAGCAGGACCCUGGAUCCCCAUCAGACGAGGACGAAGACUCUAAGCAGAGCUCAGCAGACGCAGCUCCAGGCUGGACGGCAAAUUUCCGGGACUCUGGAGGGACCGCUCCGGCCCCCGCGCCAACAGGCUGGGAGAGCGCCGCUUCUGAGGAAGCGGAGACGAAAGGUACAGGCUGGGCCAACUUCACAGAGUUCCAGCCUUUCAGCGGUACCGAGCCCAGAUGCAGCUCUCCUGUAGACGGCGGAGAACCCGAGAAACAAGCCAAACAGAACCACCUGCAGGACGAUGUCGGUGCCUCCUCAGACGUUUCUCCUCCAGGAGGAGGAACAAACGCUCCAGCUGUGGCCUCAGACAGCAACUCCUCUGGAGGAGCCCAAGGUGAAGCUAAAGAUCCUCCUGCUGCUGCAGCAGCAAUCCCCUCUGAAAUGACGGCCACCAAACAGACGGCUGACCUCAAAAGCGAGGAGUGUCCGGUUUCCCUGGAGACGCUCUCUCUAUCGGAUCCUCCCCCAGCCUCGCCGCAGCUUUCCGAGGACUCGCCUGUAAACACGCAGCCCGACAGGAAAGAGGACUCUGCGCAGACCCAGGAAGUGUCUGUCAACGGGCCGGUGUGAGGACGGCACGCCCAGAACGCCAUCAGCGGCGGCGCCGCGGCGUCGGCCUCCUCCAGAGUGACUCUACUUAACAGCCUCACUGCAGCUUCAGUGUUUUACUGGAUCACUCUGCCACCUUAUUGGACCUGGACACUGCCACCUAACUACCAAUUGGAGGGGGGGGGGGGGGGGGGGGGGGUGCAGCAGACCCAGCUGAGGAAACCCACCCCCACCCCACCCCCAGAUGUUGCACACAGACGAGUGCAGCUUUAAUGUAGCAGCGACCUUGGACCUGAAGGAGAACAUCUUUUUAACGCCUGAAGGUUUCCUCCUCCUUUCAACUGAUUGGAUUUUCUAGGCGGCGCCGGGAAGAUGGCCGCCCGCCCGCCCGCCUUCUAACCAUAAACACCACAUUUUAUUUUAAAACCACGUUUCUCCAGCUUAAAAAGCACUUCUGUCGGCUGUAUGUGAAGCACAAUGUUCAUCUCCGCUGGCCGUCUCAUCUGUCCUCCAUCUUUCUUUGGUUGUUGGUAAUGAGGGGGCGGGGCUUGAACCGUGCUCUAAUAGUAUUACUGUUUCUGCUCAUGUGCAAUAAUGUUGGUUUCCCAUUUUAUUUUAAAAAUUAGAAAAGUUUGAGCAUUUUUUAAAGAAUCAGUUGAGCCUGGAUUUAGGCGCCAAAUUAGGAUCUAAUCUCAGCUUCUGUUUCAGAUUUUUAUCUCUUUUGUAUUUUAGUGCAUGUUUAUCAGGUUCUCUGUUGACCUAGCUAGUGAGCUAAGACCUUCUGAUUGUAUUGAAUUUAAAAGAUCUGAUUGCUUUCCCCCACAAAUCAACCAAACAUUAUCUACCUAUAUACAAAUAUUAUCUCCAUCUAGAAGUCAUGUCUGUUCCUUUUCGCUCUCUUCUUGUCGCCACCGAGCACUUCCUGGGCGGGGGGGCCGUCUCACGCUGUCGGCUCUGUUUUCUGCUUUUAAAGCUCCUUUCUGUGUUCAAGCAGCUGAAUGAAAGGAGCUCCUCUGCGUUCUCCUCCAGUCAUCAGCUUCUAUGAUUGCUGUUUAAAGCAAAACAACUAAACCGUUGGAAUUAAAGCAUCUGGUUUACCACUUUAAUACCAAA